CCAACUUUCAAACGUACGUUACAACAACGAACUGAAAAUGGCGAAAAUGAUUUUUCUGAUUUUCGUUGUUUUUCUUCCGAUCGCCGCUCUUAGUGAAGCGAUCUGUUGUGAUUCGAUAAAGUCACUAGUGGAGAAGAAGAUUGAAGCGAACAAAACAUUAUGCGGUGCUGGAAGCACACUGCCUCCUCAGUGUUGCAAAGAUAUUGCAAAUAUGGUUAAACAAUUUGUUGAUGCAUAUGAAGCAUUUUGUUUGAAUAUUAGUAAGUACUAAGUAUAAGUUAGUUGACGUCCACCGAAGCACGUAAACGAACGUAUAUCAGUGUCGUAAGAAUCUGAUUUCUAAUUGGUUAUUCAUAUAAUAAUAUGUAUGCAUAUUGCUUGUUAAAAUUAAACGACGAAUUGACUACACCCUACAGGGUGUGUAAAAAAAGUAGACAAUUUGUUAGCACUGCUAACUUUGAAUAUCUUACUACGCUACUGUUGUGACAGUCGGAUCAUGUUUUGCGUGUCGUGUUUACUUACACUUAGCUGAAAACUGCGAUACCCAAAAUUAGCCCCCAAAAUAAAACCCGUUCCGCCGCAACUGGAGUCAGACCUUUGAAAAGUUGGUCAAAAUGGUCAGCAAAACUGUGUCCGCCCCCCCCCCCCCCCAUAUUAAUAUUACCGACCGUUGAUACAAGCAUGUAUUAACUAACUCGUGUUCAAUGGAGGUUUGAUCUAUUAAUUCUUCAAUUGCCGCUUUGAUGAUGAGCAUAUAAAUUGGAAAUAACACAUGGAGAAUAUUUGAAAGAUUUAUAAAUAUACUAGAUAUGAAAUAAUUAGUAAUAAUAAUAUCAGUAAUAAUAAAAGUUUGCAGACUGAAAUCCCAAUGCCAUGCAAUUAACACCAAAAUUAGAGCCAUAUAUUUCUGCAGUGUAAUGGCAAAUUAUCUAUUUUAUUCAAGCUUCAUGUACAGAUCCCAAAGCAUUAGGAAUGAGAAGUGGUAAAAUACCAGAUGAUGCAAUCACGGCGUCAUCUACUUAUUCCGGCAGUUACAAACCUAGCUAUGCAAGACUGACAAAGGUAGGUUCUAGCUGCUCUUGGACACCUACUGCAGCAGGGAGAAUUGGCUCGUGGCUUCAGGUUGAUCUGGGACAACUCUCCACAGUGACAGGAAUAGCAACCCAGGGAACAUGCUAUUCGUCGACUGAAUGGGCAACGUCGUACUCGGUUUCAUACAGCAAUGAACCCAAUUCAUGGACACUUUACGAAGAAUCAGGAAAUGUAAAGGUAAGUCAGCGCAUCAAUCUUGUAUGAUGAAAUUUUACAAUACACGGAUUCAGAAGUUAAUAGAAAGGCGCGUGAACACUGGCAUUUUUGGCUGCGUUUUCUAAUGCGAAUUUCUUCUUCUGAUAAUAAAUAAUAACAAUAAUAGUGAUGUAUAUCGAAACUCUCUUGCACCAUUUACAGUGAAUUAACGAGUCUAAAGUGUUCCUAAAACUAUUUGUACAAAAAUGAACGAGGACAUAUGACUGUUAAAACUAUGUAUAAACAUUAAAAAUAUUUAAAAGUAAAAAAUUAUUCUGAUCUUAAAGUUCUGCGUCUGACUGUGUCUUCAAACAAAACAGUAUUGUUUUGCCCACUUCGUAGGCUGUACGUGCAUUCGCUCAUCUUAAGUUUUGGGAGCAUAAAGUGCAGACGAUGAUCCUCCUUCUUCAUUUUAAUCAUGUAAACGAGUAGAUGAGUUACGAAUGUCCUGAGUAUUGAUAACUCGUUCACAUGCAUCGGAACUCGAAAAUCGCACUAGAAAUCGCAGCAAUAAAUUGCAAGUGUUUAUAAACGGGCCUUAAUAAGUGCACAAAAAUUUGUCCGCUUAGGCCUGUUGUACUCUGGAAACUCGCCUGAGUGGGAUAAAUUAUUGAAACCUCAUCUGACUUUUUUUAAUUUAGGUUUUUCAAGCAAACACCGAUCGAAGUUCCAUCGUUACCCACUCAUUUAAAUCUCCUAUUCGUGCUCGGUACAUUCGUGUGUUGCCAAAAUCGUGGAGCAAUUAUCCUACAAUGAGGCUCGAGCUUUACGGUUGUCGCCACUAGUUUGCAUGUAAUUAAUACAUGCAUGCAUUUUUAUGUUACAGAUCUGUGUUUUCCAGUAAUAAUUGCUAUAUAUGUAAUGCAUGGUUACUUUUUCUUUGUAAUAUGUUUUGUUAUUGUAAUGAUAAUAAAUUGUAGCUUGGCCAAACUGGCAUGCAAGGGUAGACUGAAUUCGUUCAUUGAAGACUUAUCAGAUGGUGGUAAAGGGUAAAUUCGUGAAUUAGCCG